CUCAAGAAAAUCCAGGCUCCGGGAAAGUCUACUGUAAAACGUACCAAUCGAGUUGAGUGCUUUCUUUUGUGAAAACAGCCCAAAUCGAAGUCAACGCAGUCCCAUAAAACGACUGAUUGCUGAAACGAACAAGGAAAACAAUAAAACAAUGAAGCGUACACGUCGCCACAAAUACCUCCAAAUAUCAGUAUUCUUCCUCAUAUACUCAAUAAUCCAAGUACUAUCGAUAGGAAACAAAGAAAACGAAACGACCACAACCGAAAAAUCCGACUCGGAAGCCCACGCCCAUCUCCUGGGCCUGAUGCAUUCCCACGCAGGACACAGCUCGGUGGGAAAGGCCACCGAAGCGACGACAACGAGUACCACCACUACGGAGAGUAACGCAGCUCACGAGCAUUUGUUCAGCAUGUUGCAUUCACAUGCCGGUCACAGCUCGGUUGGUAAUAAGGUCAAAUCUACGCCCAAUACGGCUGUCCACGAACAUAUUAUCAUGAAUAUGUUGCAUGCACAUGGACAUAGUAUCAUUGGAAAUAAGAAUAACACGAAUAGUAGUGCGAAAGUAGUUCCUGCCGUAGUUGGCCAUGAGUUUCAGGAAGUUUUACCAAAUGGCACCACAACCGAAAAACCAACAACGAAUAAGCCAUCUUCAAAUGACACCGAUGAUUGUACCCCCCCGGCCAUAAAACAGUUUCCACAUCCUAUAAUGAGUCCUGGAGCAAGACGACAUGGUGGUUUGAUUAUCCAUAUAAUUGUAGCUGUAUAUAUGUUCCUGGGAUUGGCAAUUGUCUGCGAUGAGUAUUUUGUUGCAUCUUUAGAUCGAAUAUGUGAAGAAUUAAAGAUGGCUCCGGAUGUAGCAGGAGCCACCUUCAUGGCAGCAGGAAGUUCGGCUCCCGAAUUAGCAACCGUCAUCAUCGGAGUUUUCUUGGCGAAGGACGAUAUCGGCAUCUCUGGGGUAAUUGGCUCGGCAGUGUUUAAUAUCAUGUUCGUAAUUGCCUGCUGCGGACUCUGCUCCAGCGCCGUGGUUUACCUCAAUUGGUGGCCGCUCGUCAGAGACAGCUUCUUCUACGCCAUUUCCAUACUCGUCAUGUUGGUCGUCAUUUUCGAUAAGAAGAUAUCGUGGUUGGAGUCUUUGGUUAUGAUCCUAACCUACCUCGUCUACUGCGUAGUUCUACACUUUAACACUCCGCUCGAACGAUGGGCGCAGACCUGGCCCGUCCCAUUCAAAAAGAUGUCUCCUACAGAACAAUCAGGAUUAGUCAGCUACAAGACUUUAGAAGAUGGAGGUAAACACCAAUCCUACGGCAUGGAGCAAACCAACGCUGCUCAAGGUUACGGAGUAGAGCAGACCCAACAGUUUCAACAACCACCUGAUUAUUCUGAUCCAGGUAUGAACAAUUUCGGCAUGGCAUGGUCUCCAGAAAAAUACCAGGAUAGUUUUGCUAGUCAACUAAGCGGACCAGAGCUGAACCAAGCUAGUCAGCCAGAACCUACAGCUCCCCCUCCUGCUGUACCCGAACCGGUACGACCAGUUCAACCAGAUUAUUACAGACCAAAAGAAUAUGACCCAGCCGCUCACGUUGAUCCUCUAGUUAGACCAGAGGGAGGAUGGUACCAACAAGCUUCAUGGGGAUUGAUCUUUCCCAUCCAUUGGCUCUGCCGAAAAACUAUGCCUGACUGUAGGAGUGAGAAAUAUAGAAAUUGGUACCCAUUUACAUUUUUUGUAUCCAUGGUUUGGAUUUCGUUUUAUUCUUACUUUAUGGUAUGGAUGAUUACGAUCAUAGGUUACACUUUGGGAAUCCCAGAUACUGUCAUGGGUCUUACGUUCGUAGCCGCAGGAGUGUCUGUUCCAGAUGCUUUAUCUAGCGUUGCAGUAAUCAAAGAAGGAUAUGGUGACAUGGCUGUUUCCAAUGCAGUGGGAAGCAACGUUUUUGACAUUCUCAUAUGUUUGGGAUUACCUUGGUUUAUUAAGACAGCUAUAAUUCGACCAGGAUCCACUGUUCGUGUUUUAAGCAAAGGUUUAACCUACUCUACAUUAUCUCUUCUCUCUACAGUAGUAUUCCUAGUAGUAGCGACUCACAUGAACGGAUGGAAAUUAGAUAGGCGGUUCGGAAUAAUGCUCAUGGUCUGGUACCUAGUCUUCAUCACGUUCGCUAGCAUGUACGAACUGAACGUGUUUGGCUACAUGAAUCCACCAGAAUGUAGUUGCGACUGGUAAUUGCAAACCAAAGAAAUGAUGCAACUUAUAGCUUAAAGAUAUUUAUCGUUGUUACCAUACCCUGUUACUGGUUUAGAGUUUUGAAACUGCAAGAGCUGUGAGACGCUGUCGACUGAGUUUUAUCUGGGAUACAACUCGAGCUAUAUGGUCUUAUGCUUAUUGAGAUUGAUGUUAUUAGCGUUUUUGAACGAAAAAAUGGAUAAUUAACAAUACGUUAAGAGUUUUUAAA